CUGUUGUUCACCACCCACAAUACUUGUGUAACACCGACAAUUUGUGUUUGUCACCCUAAGCUCUUGUUCACCUACUUAGUUGUUGUUGUUCACCAUCCCCAGCUCUUGUUUACCACCCUCAGCUAUUGUUCACCACCCUGGGUUAUUUUUACCACCCUAGCUACCUUGUUCACCACCCUCAGCUAUUGUUUACCACCCCAAUACUUGUUUACCACUCACAAUUCUUGUUUGCCAACUUCAACUUUUGUUAACCACCUUAAGCUCUUCUUCACCAGCCGAAGCUCUUUUCUUGUUUACCACUUCCAGCUCUUGUUCACCACCCUCACAUAUUGUUUACCCCUGACGAUUCUUGUAUACCACCGACAAUUCUUGUUAACCACCCUAAAGUCUUUUUUACCACCCUCAGCCUUUGCUCCAGCUUUCUUAAACUAA